UGACUUUUCUUUUCGGAACAGAUUUCAGAAACAAUUCAAUCCAUAAUGGAUGAGAUGCAGAGUGAUCGCAGCGAGCCUCCCCUAGAUGUUCCCACCACAGAUGAAGUCCUCUCAAUGAUCGACGCCAGCCUAGCCACCGGUGAUCUCGGCCAGGCCUUCCGAGGGUACCUCUUCCUCCUCCAAGCUGAUCCCGGAUGCAAGGAUCGCAUCAGGGAUGACUUCGGCACCGUUCUCCAUCAGUGGGCGGAUUGUCUUGAGGCGGGAGGGGGGAGCAGAGAGGAUGCCCUGUGGUGCUUUGAGAUGUCUCUGAGACUGUGGCCCGAUAAUGCGGAGAUACACAACAACAUGGGAGCGUUCUAUUUCAGACUCGGUCAUCACGAAGAAGCGGCAACCUGCUUUCAACUCGCUCUGGAAAUCGACCCGAGCUACACCAACGCUCAGAAAAACCUCUCUAACGUAGUCUGUUCACCCGUCAAAGGAUGGCACUUUCCGAUGUUGAAUGAUAAGAAGAGGAAUGCUUGUUACCAGACUGCUAUCACCAAGGCCAUCACGCAAGGACACAAUACUGUCUUAGAUAUUGGGUCCGGAACAGGAAUUCUUAGUAUGUUUGCAGUGCAGUCGUGGGCUAAGUCAGUCUUUGCAUGUGAGGAAUCCAAAGAAAUGGUGAGGCUGUCACAUGAUGUCUUAGCAGCCAAUCAGAUGCAAGAUAAGAUCCACCUUCUGAAUAAAUUAUCAACAGAUAUGUCAGUUCCAGAGGACAUCCCGAACAGAGUGUCCCUUGUGGUUACAGAAAUCUUUGACGCUGGUCUGUUCGGAGAAGGCGUUAUUUCUACCCUCCAGCAUGCCUGGCAACAUUUAUUGCUGCCCCCAAAGACCUCAGAAACUCAGGAUGUUGGUAGUUACGGCAAAGUGAUUCCAUCAAGAGCAGUAAUCUACGCUCAAGUUAUCCAGUGUGAAUAUAUCAGAAAACAAAACAGAUUCUUACAAGAUAAGAUAUGCAACCUGGACGUAUCCAACCUCGAUGAUACUCAAGAAACGUCAGCAGAGUACCAGCCAAGAGACAAGAAGGAACCUUACACAUCAGAGAGACUUCAGAACCUUCCUCUGGGUUACCAGGCGCUGACACCAGCAAUCAGUGUGUUAGAGGUAGACUUCAAUAAUCCACAGAUCAUUACAUCAGAACAUCCCAGUACAACCUGGAGACAUAUUGACUUCCCAGUCAUCGCUAGUGGCAAGGUGGAUGCGGUCAUAUCAUGGUUUGAUCUCGUUUUAGACGACACAGAAAUACUGAGUACCUCACCACAUGAUAGCUCCUGCUGGGAGCAGGCAGUGUUCCCUGUGACUUCCUUUAUAACAUCCAGCGGAAGCAGCAAAGAAUCUUUGCAUGUCAGGGAACAGGACACCAUCACUGUUGCUGUAUCAUGCAGUGACGACUGCCUCCAUCUCAAAUGUGCGGACAUUACCCAUCAUGCAUCAUCCAAAACGAAGUCCACACCUGCGUCGGCGUCCGCCUUAACACAGGAAGAAGUAAUGGAGGAAAUGGUCACCAGUUUCAGGGAAAAUGUUAGCACCCAGUGUCAAAGGUCAUGUGACUUGGUUGAGGGUGUGCAGCAAGGGAAAGCAAAUGAGAGUGUGGGCGGGGCUGAUUCUUCGAAGGGCGGGGCAAUUGCCACCUCAAACUCAUGCUCUCCAUGUGAUGAUUUAACUCCAGAUACUAUAGCAAUUCUCAAUGAUUACAAACUUCAGAAUUGCUUUUAUAAGGCCAUCACUAGCUUGAUGGAUGCUUCACAAGAAUCGGAAGAUUCAAGAUCAUGCAGUCCUUCGAAAAGCCACGACAAGUCGGCGACAUCACAGUUUGCCGUGCUGGAUAUAUCAAGCGGUGUGUCUGUUACCGGACUCUUUGCAGCCAAACACCAUCCCGCCACCAGAAUCUGCAUCCCAUCUAGCACACCUACAAACAUAAAUGUUAUAGAGACGAUUGCCAGAACCAAUAUGUUAGAGGGUUGUUUUGAUUUAGAGGCGGAGUCACACCCGUUGAGUCCAUCUUCUGAAGCAAUGUGGGAUGUUCUGGUGACUGAUUUGGUAUCGCCGUGCGGUACUCUGAGGGAAAGAGUGCUGGAAGACAUCGCUGUUGGAAGAGUGUGUGCGUUGAAACCAAAUGGUACAAUCCUACCAGGAUCUAUGUCUGUCUUCGCAAUGUGUGUAGAGUGUGCCAGCCUGCAAACAGACAGUCAAGUCAUCGGAGACGGACCAACCAUGGGAUUGAAGAUCGCAAAGUUCAUCAAUAAAUACAAGGUGUCAACAUUUCUUGACAUCCACCUGUCCUCCCGAGCCUACAAGCAGAUCAGUCAACCCUUCCUACUCUUUCAUCUCGACUUCAACGAGAAGCAAGAACCAGGUUCAUCCGAACUCCCAAGCUUCGUCAAGCCCUCUGUGGUCCGUCAAUUCCAAGCCACAGAAGAUGGCACGAUAACAGCCAUACCGUUCUGGUUCAACAUUAACAUUGAUCCGUCGAAUAGCGUGAAUACGUUGGACAAUGAUACUCACUGGAAGCAAGCUGCGUAUUUACUUCCUGAAGGUCGAGACGUCAAGAAGGGGGAUCAGGUCAAGGUGUCUGCCAGAAUUGAGGAUAGCAGUUUCAUCUUCGAAGUUGAUGUUGGGUGAAGGUAAACUGCUACAUUACAGUUUAUUAUUAUGACUAUUGAAAAAUAGUAUAGCUGUUGCAAACUGCUUAAAGACUCUGGACACCUUUGGUAACUGUCAAAGACCAGUCUCCUCACUUGGUGCAUCUUAACAUAUGCAUAAAAUAACAAACCUGUGAAAAUUGGAACCGAAUUGGUCGUUGAGGUUGCAUAGUAAUAAUGGAGAAAAAAAAAACCUUGUAGCACGAAGUUCUGUGCUUUUCAAAAGCUUGAUUUCGGGAC